AUGAGCUCAGUUCCUGUUCCCAACGACUUUAACAACAUCCUGUACAAGCCCCUGGCCGAGGCUGACCCCGAGGUGCAGCAGAUCAUUGACAAUGAAACCUACCGCCAGUUCACUGGUCUGGAGCUGAUUGCCUCGGAGAACCUGACCUCGCUGGCUACCAUGGAGGCCAACGGUUCGAUUCUCACCAACAAGUACUCGGAGGGUCUCCCGGGUGCCCGUUACUACGGUGGUAAUGAGUACAUCGACCAGCUCGAGAUUCUUUGCCAGAAGCGUGCUCUGGAGGCCUUCGACCUUGACCCGAAGAUCUGGGGUGUGAACGUCCAGCCCUACUCGGGUUCGACGGCCAACUUUGCGGCCUUCACUGCGCUGAUCCAGCCGCAGGAUCGUGUCAUGGGUCUGGGUCUCCCUGACGGUGGCCAUCUUACUCACGGUUACUACACCGCCAAGAAGAAGAUCACUGCCUCGUCGAUCUACUUCCAGUCGUUCCCCUACCAGGUGGACCGGGAGACUGGCUACAUUGACUACGAGCGCCUCCGUGUGAACGCCAACCUCUUCAAGCCGCGUCUUCUGGUGUGCGGUGGUUCGGCGUACCCGCGUGACUGGGAGUACGACACCAUGGCCUCGAUUGCCAAGGAGCAGGGUGCCUACCUGCUCUGCGACAUGGCCCACAUCUCGGGUCUCGUUGCCGGCAAGGAGCAGAAGAGUCCCUUCGACUACUGUGACAUUGUUACGACCACUACUCACAAGACCCUCCGUGGCCCGCGUGCUGGUCUGAUCUUCUUCCGCAAGGACCGUGAGGCUGACAUUGAGGCUCGCGUCAACGCUGCUGUCUUCCCGGCCUGCCAGGGUGGUCCUCACAACAACACCAUCGCUGGUAUUGCUGUGGCUCUCAAGCAGGUUGCUGACCCGGCCUUCAAGGAGUACGCCAAGCAGGUCCGUGCGAACGCCAAGGCCAUUGCCAGCAAGCUGGUCUCGUACGGCUACCGUCUCCAGACCGAGGGCACUGACAACCACCUGGUUCUCUGGGACCUCCGUCCGAUCGGCCUCACUGGCUCGAAGAUCGAGAAGCUUUGUGACCUUGUUCACAUCACCCUCAACAAGAACGCCGUGGCUGGUGACACGUCGGCUGUUGUGCCGGGUGGUGUCCGCAUCGGUGCCAACGCGCUUACUUCGCGUAGCAUGACCGAGAAGGACAUGGAGAAGAUUGGUGAAUUCUUGCACCGCACCGUCGAGAUUGCUCAGGUCCUUCAGAAGGAGGCUGGCUCGAAACUGCUUAAGGACUUCAUUGCCAAGGCCACGACUGGUGACGGUGAGGGCCGCAAGAUGAUCCUCCAGCUCGCUGAUGACGUCAAGGCUUUCGCUACGCAGUUCCCGCUGCCCGGUGUUCCGGACACGAGCGUGAUCAAGAAGCCCGCUGACGCUCACUAA